AUGUCGACAAAAAACUACUAUGUGGACAAGGUUGUGGCCUGGUGGGGGGCCAAUGGGCCAGAAAAAGAGAACUUUUUUCCCGACCCAGUGAGGGUCGAAGAGAUUCCUUCCCCCCCUCGAUCGCCAUGCCUGCCGCCUGCUGGGAUCCCAGAAUGGGAUCUCAGGCCGCCUUCGCCGACACCGGCUGGGCUGCGGCCCAUGCUCGCCGACUUUACGUCGGUUGAGAAGACCUCUCCUUUGCCUGCGCCCGCCUCCGCCUCCGCUGCCACCACCACCACCACCAAGAAGGCGCCGUCUUCCUCUUCCCUCGCUCCCUCGACUCCCUCGGCAAGGGCCGUCCCCCCCUUCGCCACCACGAAGCCUUCGAAGAAGGCAAAGUCCGCUGCGCGGCCGCCCAUUGGGCGUAAGAGGAAGUUCGUCGUCCUCGACGACGAUGACGACGACGACGACGACGACGACGAUGUUGUGCCUCCGGGCAGAAAAGUUUUAAGAGAAAUUUUAAAUCCAAAAUCCAAAAAAAUUGCUGCAUAG